AAACAGCUGUUAAUUAUAAUGUCAUGCAUCAAUCCAACUUCCAUCUAAGAAAAUAAAAUAAUUCAAUCUUGAUUCAUUCAAACCAUCCUUCGCUAUAUAUACUUACCUCAUUCAACCCAUUUCAUCAUCUCUCCUCCCAAUCAUCUUCACUCCAAUCUCCCUUCCGAUCUGGUGGGGUUUUCCGGCCACAGAAUGACGACUCGCCGCCGCGGCUCAGCCGCCAAGGGUGGGCUUCUGCCACAGCUCAUGCUGGUGGCAUUGGCCACUUUGGCUACUUCUAGUUUGGUCUCUGCUGAUCCUUAUGUGUACUCGUCUCCACCUCCGCCUUAUGUUUACAAGUCUCCUCCACCACCGUCUCCGUAUCCACCACCUCCUUAUGUGUACAAAUCUCCACCACCGCUGUCACCAUCCCCACCACCUCCUUAUGUUUACACAUCCCCACCACCACCAUCACCAUCUCCGCCACCACCAUAUGUUUACAAGUCUCCACCACCACCACCACCAUCACCAUCUCCACCACCACCUUACGUGUACAAAUCACCUCCACCACCCUCCCCUUCUCCGCCACCACCAUAUGUUUAUAAGUCUCCACCACCACCUUCUCCAUCUCCACCACCCCCAUACAUCUACAAGUCUCCACCACCACCAUCUCCGUCUCCUCCACCACCAUAUGUAUACAAGUCUCCACCUCCACCAUCUCCAUCUCCACCACCACCAUACUAUUACAAGUCUCCUCCACCACCUGAUCCCUCACCACCACCACCAUACAUCUACAAAUCUCCUCCACCACCUUCUCCGUCUCCACCACCCCCAUACGUCUACAAGUCUCCUCCACCACCAUCCCCAUCUCCACCACCUCCAUACGUGUACAAAUCCCCACCACCACCUUCCCCAUCCCCACCACCACCUUACGUCUACAAAUCACCACCACCACCUUCUCCAUCCCCUCCACCACCAUACUACUACAAAUCGCCACCACCUCCUUCUCCAUCCCCACCACCACCAUACUACUACAAAUCCCCACCACCUCCUUCCCCCUCACCACCACCCCCCUACCACUACGUCUCGCCACCACCACCGGAGAAAUCUCCUCCUCCACCAUACUACUACACCUCUCCCCCACCACCCGCACCGGUUCCUCACAACCCACCGCACCACCACCAUGCAUUGGUAGUUAAGGUGACCGGAAAAGUAUAUUGCUACAAAUGCUAUGAUUGGACUCACCCAGAAAAAUCCCAUGACAAGAAACAUCUUCAAGGUGCUGUGGUGGAAGUGACAUGCAAAGCUGGGGACAAAGAAAUUGUUGCAUUUGGCAAAACAAAGAUCAAUGGAAAAUACAGUAUUCCAAUUGAAGGAUUUGAAUAUGCCAAAUAUGGAGCAAAGGCUUGCAAAGCUAAGCUUCAUGCACCACCUAAGGGUUCAAAGUGUAGCAUUGCUACUAAUACUAAUUGGGGAGUAAAUGGUGCUAAGCUUAGAGUGAAGUCUAAGAAUCACUAUGAAGUUGUGUUGUAUGCUGAGCCUUUUGCUUAUGCCUCCAAGACUCCUUAUGGGGAAUGUUCCAAGCCUAAGCCAACUCCGGCUCCGUACUACUACAAGUCGCCACCACCUCCAACCCCCACUUAUGUCUACAAAUCCCCACCGCCACCUCCUUAUGUAUACAAGUCUUCACCUCCUCCGGUGCCGACUUAUGUUUACAAGUCCCCUCCUCCACCACCGUACGUCUACAAAUCACCACCACCACCAUCACCGUCUCCUCCACCUCCAUACGUCUACAAAUCACCACCACCACCGUCGCCAUCUCCUCCACCUCCCUAUGUUUACACAUCACCUCCUCCACCUUCACCAUCGCCUCCACCUCCAUAUGUCUACAAAUCACCACCACCACCGUCACCAUCUCCCCCACCUCCAUACAUCUACAAAUCUCCACCUCCUCCAUCCCCAUCUCCCCCACCUCCAUACGUCUACACAUCACCUCCUCCUCCAUCGCCAUCUCCUCCACCUCCAUACGUCUACAAAUCACCACCACCACCGUCGCCAUCUCCCCCACCUCCAUACGUCUACACAUCACCACCACCACCAUCGCCAUCUCCCCCACCUCCAUACAUCUACAAAUCACCACCUCCACCGUUGCCAUCUCCCCCACCUCCCUACGUCUACACAUCACCUCCUCCUCCAUUGCCAUCUCCUCCACCUCCAUACGUCUACAAAUCACCACCUCCACCGUCGCCAUCUCCCCCACCUCCCUACGUCUACACAUCACCUCCUCCUCCAUCGCCAUUUCCUCCGCCUCCUUACGUUUACCAAUCACCACCACCACCAUCCCCAUCUCCCCCACCUCCAUACGUCUACAAGUCACCCCCACCACCAUCACCAUCUCCUCCACCUCCAUACAUCUACAAAUCACCACCUCCUCCAUUCCCGUCACCCCCACCUCCAUACGUCUACAAGUCACCUCCACCACCAUCGCCGUCUCCUCCACCUCCAUACAUCUACAAGUCACCACCACCACCAUCGCCAUCUCCUCCACCUCCAUACGUCUACAAAUCACCCCCACCACCAUCGCCGUCUCCUCCACCUCCAUACGUCUACAAGUCACCACCACCACCAUCUCCCUCUCCUCCACCUCCGUACGUCUACAAGUCACCACCUCCUCCAUCCCCAUCACCACCACCUCCAUAUGUCUACAAAUCACCACCUCCUCCAUCGCCAUCUCCUCCACCUCCCUACGUGUACAAAUCACCACCUCCUCCAUCCCCAUCUCCCCCACCCCCAUACGUCUACAAAUCACCACCCCCUCCAUCACCGUCUCCUCCACCUCCCUACCUCUACAAGUCUCCCCCACCACCAUCCCCAUCUCCCCCACCUCCAUACGUCUACACAUCCCCACCCCCACCCGUGAAGUCACCUCCACCACCGGCAUACAUCUACGCCUCACCCCCUCCACCAACACACUACUAAGCUCCACACCAUCACUAACGCCCCUCGAGCACCCUUGUAAGUAACCAUCUUUACAACAUUUUUCACAUCACUAACAUAUAAAUUAUCCGUUAUCUCACACAUGCUGUAUCAUAUUGCAGCAUCCAAUCCACUACACAAAUUAAAAGAAGAUUUCUCGAGGAGUUUGGUGAUCCAUGAUUCAAUUUUUUUCAAUAAGGCCAAACAUGAAGUGGAAAGCUUCUCACUGUUCAUGUUGAACCAAUUUGCAUCAUCUUAUUUUCCUAUUUUACUACACAUGAUUCUCAUCAUAUCUCCAAGUCGAAGAUGGGACAAGAUUUACUCAGCGAGAUUGAAGAUUCAUCGACGGCUCCAAAUAUCAUUUCUUCAAAUUGUUCCUUCACAUUUUUUCUCUGUAUUUAGUUGUUUUUAACUAUCAAUCAAAUUCAUAUUUGUUUCUUCGCU